AUGGUGACGGGCUCGGCGCGGGGCUCCCGCAGCCGGGACCGAGCCGCGCCGGCCCCCUGCCCGUCGGCGGGCGGGCGGCGCGGCGGGGCGGCGGCGGCGGCGGUGCUGGCGGGGCUGUGCGCCCUCUGCUACGGCAACUCCCUGCGGGGCGAGUUCGUGCACGACGACGUCUGGGCCAUCGUGAACAACCCCGACGUGCGGGCGGCCGCCCCCGUGUCCGCCGCCUUCGCCAACGACUUCUGGGGCAAGCGCAUGGCCGAGAACACCAGCCACAAGUCCUACCGGCCCCUCUGCGUCCUCACCUUCAAGUUAAACAUAUUGCUGGCUGGCAUGAACCCCUUCUAUUUCCACGCAGUGAAUGUAAUGUUACACUGUCUGGUGACUCUUGUGCUGAUGUACACUUGUGACAAGGCUGUGUUCAAGGACUGUCGACUUGCUUUUGUCACGGCGCUCUUCUUUGCUGUGCAUCCCAUUCACACUGAGGCUGUAACAGGUAUAGUAGGCAGAGCAGAUGUCCUCGCCUGUCUACUCUUUCUGUUGGCUUUUCUCUCCUAUAAUAGGAGUGUGGAUCAGCUUUAUGUUGGGGAACAUUUCCCUCCCACUGCCUCCCCAUUCUUUUUGCUGCUUAGUUUGUUCCUUGGGACGUGUGCAAUGCUGGUGAAAGAAACUGGAGUCACUGUGUUUGGUGUGUGCUUGGUUUAUGACUUCUUUUCCCUCUCCUACAAUGGACUCAAAUUGAGGAACGGGGCCAUUCAGCAGAGGCCCUCCCGGCUGCCCGUGUCCGCUCCGUGGGGCUCGUCGCUGUCGGGCCGGGAGAACGGGAAGCAGCGCUGUGCCCAGCGCGGCGCCUGGAGCUCCUGCCACCCGCCCGCGCCCCUGGAGCAGCCCAGCGGGGGCCUGGCCGGGCCCAGCAGGGCCGUCUGGGCCAUUCGCAGCUACCUGACUGCAAAUAACAACCAGAAUUUCUUGUAUACUGCAAGGCCUUUUUUGAAGAGAGCUGCUUUGGUGAUAAGCUAUGUGAUCCUCGUGUUGUAUUUCCGCCUCUGGAUAAUGGGAGGUUCCAUGCCAAUGUUUUCAGAGCAGGACAAUCCAGCCUCAUUCUCACCGUAUUUACUAACGAGGUUUUUAACUUAUUCCUACCUUCUGGCCUUCAAUGCGUGGCUGCUGCUGGCACCCAUCACCCUGUGCUACGACUGGCAGGUCGGCAGCAUCCCUUUGGUCGAGUCCAUCUGGGAUGUCAGGAACUUAGCCACGGUGUUCCUGGUGCUGGUGAUGACAUUACUCAGCCUACACUGCAUUGCUGCAUUCAAGAAACUGGAACACAAAGAAGUUUUGGUUGGCUUGUUGUUCCUGGUUUUCCCAUUCAUCCCAGCCAGCAACCUCUUCUUCAGGGUGGGAUUUGUGGUGGCAGAGCGAGUCCUUUACAUGCCGAGUAUGGGGUACUGCAUCCUUUUUGUCCACGGUCUAAAAAAGCUGUCUACGUGGCUAAAUAAAUGGAGAAUUACUGUUCCGACCCUCUUUGCUUUGCUGCUGCUGCUCUUCUCUUGGAAGACCGUGAAACAGAAUGAAAUCUGGCUGUCACGAGAAUCCCUUUUCAGCUCAGGAGUGAAGACCCUGCCCCACAACGCCAAGGUGCACUACAACUAUGCCAAUUUUCUGAAAGACCAGGGCCGUAACGUUGAAGCAAUCUACCACUACAAAACUGCUCUCAAGCUGUACCCUCGUCACGCAAGUGCUCUCAACAACCUGGGGACGUUGACCAAAGAUGUAGUGGAAGCCAAGGACUACUACAGACGGGCCCUUCAGCUCAACCCCCAGCACAAUCGAGCUCUCUUCAACCUCGGCAACCUGCUCAAGUCCCAAGGGAAGAAGGAGGAAGCUGUAAUCUUGCUGCGGGACUCCAUUAAGUACGGCCCGGAGUUUGCAGAUGCUUACUCAAGCCUGGCCUCGCUGUUGGCUGAACAGGAACGGCUUAAGGAGGCUGAGGAGGUCUACAAGGCUGGCAUAGAGAAUUGUCCAGAGAGCUCUGAUCUGCACAACAACUACGGUGUUUUCCUGGUUGAUACCGGGUCUCCCGAGAGAGCCAUGUCCCACUACAGGCAGGCCAUCCUCCUGAGCCCUGCUCACCAUGUGGCCAUGGUGAACCUGGGCAGGCUUCACCGUUCCCUGGGGCAGAACAAAGAGGCUGAAGUGUGGUACAAGAGGGCGCUGAAGGUAUCGCGGAAGGCCGAGAUCCUGUCCCCGCUGGGGGCUCUGUAUUACAACACGGGGCGAUACGAGGAGGCGCUGCAGGUUUACAGGGAAGCGGCAGCGCUGCAGCCUUCCAACAAGGACAUCCGACUGGCACUGGCUCAGGUUUUGGCGAUGAUGGGGCGGACGAAGGAAGCCGAGAAGAUGACGAACCAUAUCCUUAAUGAGGAUGCAGAGUGCCUGGAGUGCUACCGCCUUCUGUCUGCCAUCUACAGCAAGCAGGAGCUCUAUGCCAAGGCACUUGAAGCUAUAGAAAAAGCUCUUCAGCUAAAACCAAAGGAUCCAAAAGUCAUAUCGGAGCUCUUUUUUACUAAAGGAAACCAGCUAAGAGAACAGAAUCUCCUUGACAAGGCUUUUGAGAGCUAUAAACGGGCUGUGGAGCUCAACCCAGACCAAGCACAGGCCUGGAUGAAUAUGGGAGGCAUUGAGCACAUCAAGGGGAGCUACAUCACUGCCCGUGACUACUACGAGAAAGCCUUACAGCUGGUUCCAAACAGCAAGCUGCUGAAGGAGAAUCUGGCCAAACUGGAUCGCUUGGAGAAACGGUUUCAAGAAGUCCAGGAGAAAGACCAAGCAUAGCAAUCAGUCACCAGCAGGAAGACACUCAUGCCCCUUGGAGAAGAGUGUGGUAGAAGCCUGUUGCUCAAAGUGAUGCUGAAAGAACUUUGAUAGGACUCAGAAUUAUGGAAGGAAAACUUUGAACACAUGCUUAGGUUCAAUCAAAGUUACAGGAUCCUGUGGGAUCAUGGGAUCCUUGGGUCCUGUGGGACAUGCCGGAGCAUGAAUGGAAACCUUCCUUUAAUCAAGAUUUACAUCUAGGCUGAACCCGUUUUGGUCACACCGGGAGUGUGGGUGGGACAUGUACCUUCAGUAUCUUGGCUGUCACCAGGGAAACCAUGGAGACAAAGCAUUCAUCCAUUGCAGCAGGGGUGAAGUUGCACCCCCUGUUCCUCCACACAGGCUCACCUCAUCCAUGUAGGGCACAACUGAUGGGCUUCAUUGCAAGUGCUGCAGACAGGAAAGAUGGUCAUAAUGGUCACAUAAAAAAGGUUCCAAAGGGUUAAUGCUGAGGAAAUGGUGGUCACUCUUACAGCUCUAAAUAGGACUUGAAAAUUAUUUUAAGGAAAGGGGAAACUAUUUAAAUAUUACCCUGGAAGGAUGAUUCUACAAGUAGGACAGAUGAUCCUUUGAGGGAAAAC